AGAUUGCACCGGGAAAGGUGGAUGUUUCGUUAUUUGCAAGCGCAUAGGCUAUUUCGCUCUGGUUGGUGACAAAAGCGGGACCUAUGCCGAUCCAGAACAUUAAGGUGGCAGAUGAAGGCACGGCGGGCUCAGCCAAGGCGAGGGAUGACUGCAGAGCUCUGGUGGACUCGCUGAACAAGGUGACGGGAUGUUACAGGCACCUGGCUAUUGGUGUCGGAGGGUCGGCGGACUCCGCCGGCCUGAGGGAUGAGUUGAGGAAAACCAGGGAAAAGACCCAAGACCUGGCCGUGGUGAUAAGGAACAAACUGACGGCGGUGCUUCGGGACAAGAACCUGGGCAAAGAGGAGAGAGCGGAGAUGGAGCGCCUGUGGGUCAUCUUCUGCUCCAGCCUGGAGUUGUUUCAGGUGGAUAUGUGCAAGGUGUUGGAACUGGGACAAGGAUUUGCCUUGGCCGGGACGGAGAGACCCCUGAUCCAGACCGGGAUGUCAGGGGGCACUUCGGAGGUAGCAGCCCGGGCGCUGAGCGUCCAGAACAUAGUCCACGACACAGCCCUGGACGUGUCGAGUCUGGAGCAGAGGGAGCUACAAGAGCAGAUCGAGAAGGUGGACAGGAUGGUGGAGAACAUGGAGAUGAAGGUCAACGUGCUCAGGUGGACAGUGGAAGCCAAGGGAGACGCGUACCACUCGGUGCUGAGCAACGACACCUCCUCGGUGGCCCUGCUGUCGGUGGACGACGAGGUGCGUGGCUGGUGGUGCUGUGAUCGGAGCAAGUGUCUUACAUCCAUGCUGCUCUGCACGGCGGCUCUCACCGCUGUCGUGCUGUCCGUCUGUGCUGCUAACCUUGCGUGACUGGUCUACCCCACUGACUAGAGGACUGCGAAGAGGUGCCACUGAGUCGGACAAGCCAAGCUUCUGAUACCAUUCUGGAUUACCCUACAUGGAACAGGAGACAAGGCAAACUUUCUUUUUUUUGAGUUUUCCUUAUGCCAAAACCAAAACUAAACAGUGAACUACAUAAGGCUUUAAAAUUGCUGAUUAUUCCCCCUUCUACGGCGCUGGAUAUGAAAUGAGCAACGUUUCUUUAGCAACUGAAUUCAAUCUAAAAUAUCGGUCAAAAUAACAAAGAUUGAAUGCAACUAGAUUCUAAGAAGGAAAAUGGAAAAUAAAUUACAAAGUUUAAAAGACGUGGCUUUUAUAUAAAAAUAAGUUGAUCCAUUCUUCCCAUAGGAAUGAACAAAUAAUUAUCAAAAUAAAAAUUAUCAAGGUGUUUGACAAUAUAUGAUUUUAAAAUGUUUAUAAUUGUUUUUGAAUGCAGCUUUCCAUUGGCACUUAAUUUUUGCAUUACUUAUUAGUUUAAAUUAAACAAUGUACUCAGUAAAGUGAAAAUGAAGAGCAAAAUAUCUUAUUUACCCAUUGGUUUUAAUCGAGGAACUGAUAAAUGAAGUAAUUAAAUAAACUGCAUUACUUCACAAACCAGAACAGGUUUUAAAGUGUUUAAGGUAUUCAUGGUG